UUUCUCAUCCAUCUCUCUCUUUCUCAGUUUCCUUCUCUGACUUGACUGCCCUUAUCCAUGGCUUCUAUUUACCAUUUUGCCACUCUUCUUCUCUUCUGUUUUAUCCAUCCUUUGCUUGCUGCUUUAGUUCAAGAACAACCUCUGGUGCUCAAGUACCACAACGGCGUUCUCUUGAAGGGAGACGUCACCGUUAAUUUGAUCUGGUAUGGGAAAUUUACUCCUAUCCAACGGUCCAUAAUCGUUGAUUUCAUCAGUUCUUUGAACUCCAACCGAGCGCCACUUCCCUCCACAUCCUCUUGGUGGAAGACUACAGAGAAGUAUCGUCUCGGUUCUUGCUCUCUGAACGUUGGUCGUCAAAUUCUCCACGAGGAGUACACUCUUGGAAAAGUCCUCAAGACUAACCAUUUACUUGCUUUGGCUUCGAAAACUAACUUCGCGAUCGACUCCAUCAACGUCGUUUUGACGGCGAAGGACGUCGCCGUUGAUGGGUUUUGCAUGAGCAGGUGUGGUACUCACGGGUCAUCUCGCGGGUCGGUUCGGGGUACAUACAUCUGGGUUGGAAACUCGGAGACUCAAUGUCCAGGCCAAUGCGCCUGGCCUUUCCAUCAGCCUAUUUAUGGGCCACAGACUCCACCGUUAGUUGCGCCUAACGGAGACGUCGGAGUUGACGGCAUGAUCAUAAACUUGGCUACACUCUUAGCGAACACCGUUACUAAUCCUUUUAACAGCGGUUACUUCCAGGGUCCACCCACUGCUCCUCUAGAGGCAGUAUCCGCUUGCACUGGUAUGUUCGGGUCGGGGUCAUACCCGGGAUAUCCGGGUAAGGUAUUGGUGGACAAGGCCACGGGGGCAAGCUACAAUGCGCACGGUGUGAAUGGACGCAAGUAUCUGUUACCCGCUAUGUGGGAUCCUCAAACAAGUGCAUGCAAAACACUUGUGUGAUGAGGACACGUGGCAAGGAAUGAAAACGUGGCGGAAAUCUAUGUAGUGUAACGUAGAUAUACGGGGGAGGGUCGGUGGUGGGAGGCGAGGAUGUGGGAUAUAGUUGUGUUUUUGGGAUUUUAAUAUUUUGCACUUUGUACUGUCUAGACUUGGAUGGCUUGUCGUCUUGCGUGACGUGUAAAUUAAAAAUUGUGGAAGUAGAAAAAGGUAAAAAUUAAUAAAAAAAUGAGUACAAUAUUAUAAUGUUGAGAAUGAGAAUGGAAACGGAGGAUUUCUGAUA